AAUUUUUUGUGGCCUGUGAGUAAACUUUAUGUAUGUAUUAUUGUAUGUAUGCAUAUUUAUAUCAUGCCCAUCUCUCAAAUGGCAUUAACAUGGUAAACCAACAAUGGCAGAUACCAGCACUCCAAGAGCCAUAACUUGCAAAGCCGCCGUCGUGUGGAAUCCAUCGGAGCCGUUGAAGGUUGAAGAGGUUCAAGUGGAUCCACCAAACUCAACUCAAGUUAGGAUCAAGGUGUUGUAUGCCAGCAUGUGCCACACAGACAUCACAUAUUGGAAUGGCUACAAUAUCGGUCCUCUGUUCCCCAGGAUCCUUGGACACGAAGGGGCGGGUGUGAUUGAGAGUGUUGGGGAAGAAGUGAAGGACCUCAAGGUGGGAGACAAUGUGAUGCUACUCUAUGUUGGAGAGUGUGGGGAAUGCUCGAACUGCGCAUCGGAGAAGACGAAUUUAUGCUCCCGGUAUCCUCUAUUAGGAAGUGAUGAUGGGACAUCAAGAAUUUAUUCUAAAGGGCAGAGGAUGUAUCGAAUGUUUAGCAGCUCGACCUGGGCUGAGUACGCGGUUGUUGAGUCCAACUACGUGGUUAAGGUAGAUCCGAGGAUGCCGUUGUCCCAUGCCUGUCUCCUUACCUGUGGUUUCACAACAGGUUAUGGUGGAGUGUGGAAAGCACUCAAAGUUGAAAAGGGUUCAAGUGUUGCUGUAUUAGGCCUUGGUGCUGUUGGACUUGGAGCUGUAAAGGCAUCACAAAUCUUAGGAGCCUCGAAGAUAUUUGGGAUCGAUAUCAAUGAUACGAAACGCGACAAGGCAAUAGCGUUCGGGGUUACUGACUUUGUAAAUCCUAAGCAUUCUGGUAAACCUAUAUCACAACUGAUCCAAGAGGCCACUGGUGGGCUGGGAGUGGAUUACUGCUUUGAAUGCACCGGUGUUGCUUCCGUCAUAAACGAAGCCACUGCAAGCACAAAAAUGGGAGUCGGGGAGACAUUGUUGAUAGGCUUCCCACCGGAGAGGAAGGUGGAGCUUAACCUCGUUCCAAUGAUCUUCGGGAGGACCCUUAAAGGAACAAACUUUGGUGGUGUGAAAAUCCACUCCGAUCUUCCUAAAAUCAUUCAGAAAUGCAUCAACAAGGUAAUAUAUAAUUUCAUGUUUCAAAUCAUGGGUUGUGAAAUAUUUGUGCUUCUUUUUGAGCAGGAAAUUAAUCUUGGUGAUCUCAUAACUCAUGAGGUUUCACUUGCUGAUAUUAACAAAGGAUUUAUGGAGUACAUGAAGCAGCCUAACUGUGUCAAGGUCAUUAUCAAGUUUUGAGGGAAAUUUAGUGGAAUUGAAUGCUGAUGUAUUUGGUUUGAAUGUUAAUUUAUGGAUGUGAAAUGUUGAAUAAAGCCAAAAUUAGUGUUCAACUUUGUAAGCAAAACAUGUUAAUGAAGUUGAUGCCAUUUUGUUGGAAACA